GUGUCACAAGAAGAAGGAAACCGCUGAACGUCAGCAGUUCAACAUGGCGCGGGAAACCCGGGAAGAAACCGAGAUGGAUACCCACGGAGAAGUCGAUGAUGAGACGAGCAGUCUCUCUCCGUCGACAUUAAAACUGUACGAGACACAGUUUUUCGGCUUCACGCCGCAGACCUGUAUGUUACGGGUCUAUAGCGCCUUCCAGGAUUGCCUGUACGACAUUUUGCCCGUUGUGGAAAAGGUUUGUGUGAGGCAGCUAAGUAAAGGCCAGUCGGACGGGGGCGACGAGCUGCUCCAGUCUCGGGCCAGGGAGUGUAGCCGAAAGCUUCAACAGUUCCUCGAAGACCGGUUCAAGCAGCUUGCGGAGCGAAUGGAAGCGCUGCUUGUCACCCGCUGCUUUUCAGUGCCGCCAAAUGUCCUGCUGCCCGAGGACAAAUCACAUAACAGCUACCCCCAAGACCUACAGGAGGUGCUUAAGCUGGAGACGUCUCUUGUUGACCUCCGGAGAGCCUAUGAAGCAGAAGUGUGUGCCAGACAGGCCCUGCUAGCUGAGCUGGAGGAGCAGAAGGAGGUGCAGGAGCAGCUGGACGGCAUCCUGACGUGGGUCAGAGAGCUUCAGGCAGCCUGGGUGAACGAAGGCAACGGCAGCUUCCACGAAAGUUUUCGGCUGGUGAUGGAGUCGGUUAAGAAACUGCAGGAGGCUGUCAGUGAGGUCUGCAUCAAGGCGCCUCGUUGAACUGAACUGAACUUUUCAUAAUUUUGUGAACAGACAUUACACAGACACGACACAUUUAGAAGCGGUCUGUAGCAGGAAGGUGGAUGUGAGGCGGUUUCACCCAUUCAUGUUCAGAUAUUUAGUAGUUUGUUGGUCCAGUUUUCAUCUUGUUUGUAAAUAAUAAAUCACGAAUUAAUUAAUGUAAAUAUUGUAAAACACCAUACAUGACUGUUCCUCAAGCACAGGGCUUUUAUUUGUGAUGUUUGAUCUUUUGACUAAAAAUCCAGACAUUAUAUUCCUUGAAGGUUUUAUGAAUAUCUAUCAUAAGAUAAUCCCAAUAAAACUUUUCUUUUCUGCCAUUGUA